CUACUCGCCCUCGGCAUCGUCGCCACAGCGGACCGGGAGCCAUGACAGUUUGACCCGAAAUAAGACGAGAAACGUUCGUUCGUAAACUAUUAGCUAAACCCUGCUGGCGUACAGGCAGCUGCUUGGUUGUCUUUAGAAGUAUUUGACAGAAUCCAAACGCGUACUAACCUGGACGGUUAGCGUUAUAUCGCGAAAUCCUCGAAAAUGUAAAACCCUAAACAGUCAGGUUUGCGAAGAUUAACGAGUUGAAUGUGUGAGGCUAAUGUGUCGUGCAUUGCAUGUAGAAGGAAAAUCCACAUUUCGAGUUAUUAUUUUUAUUUUAUUAAUGUUUUGGGUUUUUUUUUUAGCGCGGAUCCGACUAAACGGAACCACUGUUAGCAGAUGCCGUUGUAGGUGGGACUCCCUGGCGGAGAGACGCUGUUUGUUGUCAGUGAGAGUCUGAACUCUUUCUGUUUGUAUUUAAAGGAUUUUUUACGGUCUAUUUUAAUUCCUAUCAGCUUUAAAAUAAACAUCGACGUGUAUUUAGUUUUACGCUGUGUUAGGCUCGCCCUUAAACAUCUUGGUUUUUAGAUUAAUGCUCUGUAAACGUAAUAAAUCUACUUUUAAGUGGCUCAGAUCUGUGGUUAGUCUGUUUUAAAGACUGUUUUUAGGUCCACUGGGCGAAUAAAAGCCCCUCUUUAGGCCUGUAAAUGUCUGUAAACUGAGUGUUUAUGAAAUGCAGCGCUAAUAAAGCGAAUAAAGGCCGCUCGCUGGUGUUUUAGCGGAGGAGAGACGAGGCAGAAGAGCAGGACUGAGAAGUAUGCUGGUUAAUUACAGCAGCAGCAGCUCUGAGGAGGAAAGUGAGGAUGUUGCUGUUCAUAACAGAAAGCGGCAAAGACCAAAUGGCAAGGAUGUCAGCCCCCCUCUUAGGAAAAGAGAAUGCACGGGAGGGAAAAGUGGCAUGGAAAACAGUGAACGUGUGGAUGGAGCUGUUGAGAAGAGAGAAAGCAGCUCCUGUCAAGCUGUUCCUCGGCUUCCUCUUCCCGCCAGCCUGCUGAACAUGUUUCAGGACUCAGAAGAGCAGCAUGUGGACGACUGUUCGCAGCAUGGUGGGCGGCUGCGGUCCUUCCAGCAUGAACGUGGCAACUGGGCCACUUACGUUUAUCUGCCAUAUGAGCCAGAUGAUGUGUUCCUGGAGUUGCUGGAUGAGCUGAGAGCUGGUGCUGAAGCUCAUGGAGUCAUCCUGACCCUGGCAGAAGAGUUUCACGUCAGUGUCUCUAGAACUGUGGUUCUGCGACACCACUGGAUCCAGACGUUUGUGCAGUCUCUGCGCAAGGGCCUCGCACAGUGCAGGAGUUUUGUAUGUCUGGCAGAUAAACUGAAGGUAUACACCAAUGAUGAAAGAACAAGGACUUUUCUUGGGAUGGAAGUCUCUACAGGCUGCCCCCAACUGCUCGAGGCAGCAAAAAGAGUGGACGAGACCAUGGAUGAGUUCAAGCUCAGCACCUUCUACAAGGAUCCGUCCUUUCACGUGAGCUUGGCCUGGUGUGUCGGUGAUCUUGCUGAAAAACUGCAGGGCGCAUGUUUAUCAGAGCUGCAGGUACAAUCAACAGCAGCUGAACAAGGGCCUAUGAGAAGAGCGCUUUCUAAACCUGUGGAUAUCGACCGUUUCAGCCUUUCCUAUCAGGCUUUCACUCGGCUGACUGAACUGUUAUAACCUGUGUUUUUCCUCUGUAGAGUCUGGUGGACGGCCAUGAAGACGGACCCUUCCAGAUAAGGCUGAGUUGUAAGGAGCUCCGCUGCAGGACAGGGAAUAAAGUCUUUCUCUUCCCUCUGCAGUAACACAGGACAGUUUUACGCUGACCAUCUUCGAAUGACUUCUGAUGGUCCAGCUUCUGGAGAGUAGCCUUCUGGAAGAUGUGGUAAAUUUUAGAUUUUUAUAAUGUAAAAUAAAGUUUUAAUAAAGGGUUUUUUUAAACUAAAGAUACUGGUUUUAACGUCUCGCUCAAGUUACGGGUUACAGGUCGCCCUGUUUGGCACGCCGUUCUUUCCCCAAAUGUCUUAUCUUCCUGAAUGGACGAGCAAAAGUUUGAGCACCCCUGCUCAAAUGAAGUUUUGUUGAUUUUCUAAGUGAAAUCAAGUUCAUACACCCUCUCCAGGGAACACACCGUUUCUAUUUAUUUGCUGAGUUUAAUAUAUAGGGAGAAAAUGAAACAGAAAAAAAAGUGUUCCAUUUUGGUUUAUUUUCCCCCCAAAAUAUGUUAAAUUCAGCAAAUAAACAGCAAUUGUGCAAAAGUGUGUUCACUCUAGAGUGUCAUUUAACCAAACUUGUGCUUGCAUCCCUCUCGUCACUGUUGUGACAAAACCUCAUCUCCAAAAUGGUAACUUCAUAAGAGAAAAGAGAGAGGAAAAAAAAAACAAACCUCUUUAAUGCAGGUUAACAUUAAAAUCAUAAAAUUUCAUGCAAUGUUAUUUCAGAUCAUUUCUAUUUAUUGUCUAUGGUUUUGGCAUGACUGUGAUGCUGUGUGUCGCUUCAUCUCGUCAAAGAUGUUUUUGGCACCAUUUGACAAAUUUCAAUUUAUAAAAAAAAAAAAAAAAAAAAAAGAAAUGUAAACAUAGUAAUUGCUAAGUAAUUUGUAGCUGAAUAAUUCAUAGUAGUUAAUUAUUUGUACUAGUUACCAAACAAUGCAUAGUAGACAUGGAUCCAGUCAUAGAGACUGAAUAGUAAGUACUGUAGUACACUGUAAUAAGAAAUGCAUGCAUCACCACCAGGUUCUCUCACCAGAUAUUUUAGGGCAAUAAAAACUGUCCAAUAAAAACCUUGUACACAA